AUGACGGACGACGAUGACCAGUGGGUCACACUGUAUCGUGAUGGGCCUGCCGAGGAUAGUGACAGCGAUGACGAGGUGAACCUGGACGAAAUGCUCGGGUACAUGCAGCAUCUGAAACAGCAAGGGGUGAAGCUCGGCAAGAAGAAGAAGAAGAAGAAGAAGAAGAAGAAGAAGAAGAAGAAGAAGAAGAAGAAGAAGAAGAAGAAGAAGAAGAAGAAGAAGAAGGUGGCUCGUAUGCAAGAUCUCUUGGCGCAGGGCGACGACACUGCUGGGCCUUCUAGCUCACCUAUCAAUGAAGUCGCUCCUGCUACCGCGGCGCAACCUACGCCUGCUACUAUGACCGCCGUAGCACCUACCGUCGUAAUCGCUCCUGCCGCUCCAACCGUUCCCGCGCCGCUCACAGCAGAUGCCGGUACUGCUAGCGUUGCAACGAGUGCUGUUGCAACACCUGCUGGCCCCGCGAGUACGGAACCUACCCCUGCCAUUACCAACCAUGUGGCCGUCUCGGCUCCAACGGUUGCUCUCGCAAUGGAAGAGACUACUGCAAAUGCUGAUGCGUCCGCCGUCACCGCCUCAGCUGCUGAUAACGCAACACGCGGAAUGACUGCCGGCCGAGUGGUUGCCUCACCGUUGGGAUUUGCCAUCCCAGUGAACCCACGCACCAGCACGAGUUACUCUGCUCGACGACCUUCGAACAACGCUGAGGCGCACGCAGGAGCGCGAGAGAGAGAGUUGUCGAACCUCCUCUCGGAGCGGGACGCCGAGCUUGCUGCGCUCAACCAGCGCUGCGCUGAGGCCAUCCGGUUGAACAAGCAGCUCCUGCAGGACCUGUCCGCCGCCCAGGGUACGGCACACAACGGUGCCCCGCGUCCGGCCACGCCGUCGUUCAAUUUGGAUCGGAUCCCACGCGACGCCAACGGAGCACUCAUUAUCCCUGCCGUCGUCAGUCAUGACAAUCAUUUCGGGAGAAAGGCAACCGAGGCGAUCACGUACCUUAUGUUGGAUGCGCCAGCUCGGUCCAUGCAGUUUUACCCCGAGUGGGCAGAGUUCCGCGAAGUUGUCUGCAUGAAGUACGAGGCCGCGGGCGUUUCAUCUGACGUUUUCUACUACGUCAUCAGCAACGACCCCGACAAAGAGGCGCUGGCGAUGCGGAAGGUGUCGGAGAAGCGUUCGGACGUCAACUCUGACGCGAAGCUCUACAGCAGAGGUCCUGGGGGGUGCGUUCCGGAGUCUAAGUGGAAAAUUUUGGCGGAGGAGAAUGUUGCGCCGUCCAUCUCGCGUACCCCUGCGGAGUGGUGCCGCUCUUUUGAACACCCCGUUUAUGGGCCUGGAGCAAAUUGGCAUUUUGACCCGGCAACCCAUCGCCUGUUUGCAAACCUCUCUUUCCAGCUGGCUCUCCUUCGUGGGCUUGCCAGCAAGCGUGCAACCAUGCUGGCUGUGAAGAUCCCCACUGUUGGCUACGUGUGCAACGUGGUGGAGUGGCCCCUGGUGAAUGCAAGGGGGCGCCAGACCCCGGCACUUGACACUGCCGAGGCAGUGAACCGCCAGAAUGUGGCGCAGAAGAUUGACCAGGUUGUUGCCUGGAUCGCGGCAACCUAA